UCCAGAAAAGGUGCAAAGAGGUUUGAGAGCUCUCUCGGUUUGGAUUUUGGAGCCUCCGCUGGUGCCGGUGUACACAGCUGCCCACACGAUCCUGCCACGUGCCACCUGCUGACCCCCAAGAAGAUGGCCAGCCCACGGACCUUCACUUUCCUCUGUGGUUUGCUGGCAGCCAACCUGGUGGGAGCCACCCUCAGCCCUUCUGCGGUUCUCAGCCUCGGCCCAGAAGUCAUCAGAAAAAUGCUGACACAGAAACUGAAGGACCACGAUGCUAUCUACACCCUGCAGCAGCUGCCGCUGCUCAGUGCCAUGCAGAAUGAGUCGGCCAGGGGCAUCUUCAGCAGCCUGGUGAAACCCAUCCUGAAGCAUAUCAUCUGGCUGAAAAUCACCUCAGCCAGCAUCCUCCAGUUGCAGGUGCAACCCCUAGCCAAUGGCCAGGAGCUGAUGGUCAAGGUCCCCCUGAACAUGGUAGCUGGACUCAACACGCCACUGGUCAAGACCCUUGUGGAGCUGCACAUGGAGGCAGAGGCCCAGGCCAUCAUCCACGUGGAGACUAACGAGACGGGCCACACCCACCUGGUCCUCAGUGACUGCUCCAACACUGGCAGGAGCCUGCACAUCAGACUGCUGCAUAAGCUCUCCUUCUUGCUCAACUCCUUAGCCGACAAGGUCAUCAGGUUCCUGGUGCCUGCCCUGCCCAAACUGGUGAAAAGCAGGCUGUGUCCUGUGGUCAAGGCAGCCUUUGAGGACAUGCGUGAGGACCUCCUGAACCUGACGAAGGUGCCCGUUUCUCUCAGCUCUGACCACCUGGAGUUUGACUUUGUGUCUCCUGCCAUCAACCGUAGUGUUGUCCAUCUCAUCCUAGAGGCCAAGUUGUUGGACUCAGAAGGAAAGGUGACUAAGUUGUUCCAUGACAGUGUGGAUUCCCUGAAUCUGCCCUCCCUAUACCACACCCCUUUCAGCCUCACUGUGAGGAAGGAUGUGGUGGAUGCUGCAGUAGCUGCCUUGCUCCCUUCGAAAGAACGUGUGGUCCUGUUGGACUAUGUGCUUCCUGAGAUAGCCCGCCAGCUGAAGUUAAGCCUCAAGGUGAUCAGUGAAAAGGCUGCAGAUCAGCUGGGGCCCACACAAAUCGUGAAGAUCCUGACUCAAGAUACCCCGGAGCUCCUUGUGGACCUGGGCAAUGCCAAGAUGGCCCAACUGAUCGUGCUAGAAGUAUUUGCCACCAGUGAAGCCUACCACCCCUUCUUCACCCUGGGCAUCGAAGCCACCUCCAAAGCUCAGUUUUACACUGAAGAUGACCGACUUAUGCUCCACUUGAAUGAUAUCAGCUCUGAUCAGAUCUACCUGAUGAACUCAGCCAUUGGCCUGUUCAACCCUGAACUUCUGAAAACCGUCACCACCAAGAUCCUCACCUCCAUCCUGCUGCCAAACGAGAAUGGCAAAUUAAGAUCUGGGAUCCUGGUGUCAAUGGUGAAGCCCUUGGGAUUUGAGGCGGUUUCGUGUUCUCUGACCCAGGAUGCCCUUGUGAUCACCACGGGCUCCUCGUAGAAUCUCAGACCACUCUCCUCUCUCCCAGUGAAGCCUUGCACGGUGGCCUUCCAGGCAGGCUGGGUCUCAGUGGGCGUGUGGAAGCCAGCUCUGUAGACUCUGCAAUAAAUAAACUUGUC